UUUUAAUUGUAGAGCUUGAAAGAGAAGCAGGAUGUCUGACGUUGGACGGCAGAAAACGGCACAGCCUUACGUGGUUUUUCUGCUGUUAACAUAGCUGUUUGUCCACUGUUCUUCUUUACCAAUGUACUUCCUGCCUGCACUGUAUUUCAUUAGAUUUUCCACAAGAUAUUAUGCCCGUGUGCUCAUUACUUUCUUUGCUGUCUCUGGUCGUAACAGGUUGUAAAGCAGCUAAAUGGAGUCUGAGCAGCUGUUUCAUAGAGGCUACUAUCGAAACAGUUACAACAGCAUAACUAGUGCAAGCAGCGAUGAGGAGCUUUUAGAUGGAGCAGGAGUAAUUAUGGAUUUUCAGACCUCUGAAGAUGACAAUCUCUUGGAUGGUGAUGCAUCCAUUGGAACUCAUUAUACAAUGACAAAUGGAGGAAAUAUCAACAGUUCAACACAUUUACUGGACCUUCUGGAUGAGCCAAUUCCUGGAGUAGGAACAUACGAUGACUUCCAUACCAUCGACUGGGUUCGAGAGAAGUGCAAAGACAGAGAAAGGCAUAGACGGAUUAACAGCAAGAAGAAAGAAUCAGCAUGGGAGAUGACCAAAAGUUUGUACGAUGCAUGGUCAGGAUGGUUGGUCGUCACAUUAACUGGUUUGGCUUCAGGGGCGUUGGCAGGAUUAAUUGACAUAGCUGCUGACUGGAUGACUGACUUAAAGGAAGGCAUUUGCCUCAGUGCUUUGUGGUUUAACCAUGAGCAGUGUUGUUGGGGUUCAAACGAGACCACAUUUGAAGAGCGAGAUAAAUGUCCGCAGUGGAAAACAUGGGCAGAACUAAUAAUUGGGCAAGCAGAAGGCCCAGGUUCAUACAUAAUGAACUACAUAAUGUACAUUUUCUGGGCAUUGAGCUUUGCCUUCUUAGCAGUUUCUCUGGUGAAGGUAUUUGCUCCCUACGCCUGUGGCUCAGGGAUACCUGAGAUAAAAACUAUUUUGAGCGGCUUCAUCAUCAGAGGUUACUUGGGGAAGUGGACUUUGAUGAUAAAAACAAUUACUUUAGUCUUGGCUGUUGCAUCAGGUUUGAGUUUAGGAAAAGAGGGUCCUUUGGUACAUGUUGCCUGCUGCUGUGGGAAUAUUUUUUCCUACCUCUUUCCAAAAUACAGUACAAAUGAAGCUAAAAAAAGAGAGGUGUUGUCAGCUGCCUCAGCAGCAGGAGUUUCUGUAGCCUUUGGUGCCCCAAUUGGUGGAGUCCUUUUCAGUCUGGAGGAGGUCAGUUAUUAUUUCCCACUGAAAACUUUAUGGAGAUCGUUUUUUGCUGCUUUAGUAGCUGCAUUUGUUUUAAGGUCCAUCAAUCCCUUUGGUAAUAGCCGCCUAGUUCUUUUUUAUGUGGAAUAUCACACUCCUUGGUACCUUUUUGAACUGCUUCCUUUUAUUCUUCUGGGAGUAUUUGGUGGGCUCUGGGGAGCGUUUUUCAUCCGAGCAAAUAUUGCGUGGUGUCGUCGACGCAAGUCUACAAAAUUUGGGAAGUAUCCUGUCCUGGAGGUUAUUAUUGUUGCAGCAAUAACAGCUGUGAUUGCGUUUCCUAAUCCAUAUACAAGGUUAAACACCAGUGAGCUUAUUAAGGAACUCUUCACAGACUGUGGGCCAUUGGAAUCCUCCUCACUCUGUGACUACAGAAAUGAUAUGAAUGCAAGCAAAAUAGUAGAUGAUAUUCCUGACCGUCCAGCAGGCACUGGAGUCUAUUCAGCUAUAUGGCAGCUGUGUUUAGCACUCAUAUUUAAAAUAAUCAUGACAGUCUUCACUUUUGGUAUCAAGGUUCCAUCUGGCUUGUUCAUACCUAGUAUGGCAAUUGGAGCAAUAGCAGGAAGGAUUGUAGGAAUUGCAGUGGAGCAGCUGGCUUACUACCAUCAUGACUGGUUCAUUUUCAAGGAGUGGUGUGAAGUUGGAGCUGACUGUAUUACACCUGGUCUUUAUGCCAUGGUUGGUGCUGCUGCAUGCUUAGGUGGUGUGACAAGGAUGACUGUGUCCCUGGUAGUUAUUGUCUUUGAGCUAACAGGAGGGCUGGAAUAUAUUGUGCCCCUAAUGGCUGCAGUCAUGACCAGUAAGUGGGUAGGAGAUGCCUUUGGUAGGGAAGGCAUCUAUGAAGCGCACAUCCGACUGAAUGGGUAUCCUUUCUUGGAUGCAAAGGAAGAAUUCACUCACACAACACUGGCUGCUGAUGUGAUGAGACCUCGGAGAAGCGACCCGCCUCUAGCAGUUCUGACACAGGACAAUAUGACUGUCGAAGACAUAGAAAACUUGAUCAACGAAACCAGCUAUAAUGGUUUUCCUGUUAUUAUGUCAAAGGAAUCGCAGAGACUAGUGGGUUUUGCUCUAAGAAGAGAUUUAACUAUUGCAAUAGAAAGUGCUAGAAAGAAGCAGGAGGGGAUUGUUGGCAGUUCCAGGGUAUGUUUUGCCCAGCACACCCCAUCGCUUCCAGCAGAAAGCCCUCGCCCUUUGAAGCUCAGAAGCAUACUUGAUAUGAGCCCUUUCACCGUGACAGACCACACACCAAUGGAAAUAGUGGUGGAUAUUUUCCGGAAGCUGGGUCUGAGGCAGUGCCUUGUAACACACAAUGGGAUUGUCUUGGGGAUCAUCACAAAGAAGAACAUAUUAGAGCAUCUCGAGCAACUAAAGCAGCACGUCGAACCCUUGGCGCCUCCUUGGCAUUAUAACAAAAAAAGAUAUCCUCCGUCAUAUGGCCCAGACGGCAAACCAAGACCCCGCCUCCAUAAUGUUCAACUGAAGCCCAUAGCUGAGGAGAGAGAGGAAAUGGAAGAGGAGGUUCAUUUGUUGAAUAGCACAACACUUUAGUCUGGGGAAAACUUCUAAAAUCAGAGACGAGCUGGGUUUUUACGUGACAGUGCUGCUGGCAAUCAGGAGUCAGUCUGGGGGAGCAUGUGGCCAGGAGGAAGGCUGAUGGGAGUGUGGGAAGGGAGAGCUGCUGUCCUGCACUGGAUGCGUCCCGAGACAUCAGGUCUGCCAUGAUAGUGCAGUGGGUGAGCCGUGCAAAGUGGUGCCAUUCUCCAGCCCAGCCUGGUACUUCAGCAUUGAAGAGACGUGUUAUUAAUCCCUGUUUCUGGAGGGAUCAUUCUGAAUUGAGCCAUCUUGUGGAGACUGAAAGGUCUUGCCCUUUUUACCAUUGAAAACUGUUGUGUUAACUCAUGAAACGUAUUAACUAUUACUCGUCACCUUUCUACAUUCCAGAAGAGCUUUAUUUCUCUCUCUCCUGAGCCGUAACAGAGUCUCUUUAAAAUUGGUGUGCCCUUUUGAAGCAGUUGUUUCUCAUAUUGAGAUGUACUGUGAGUUACUGAGGUGCGAUCACAAGAAGGGAGGUUUUUCUUGUGCCAUUAAAUGUGUAAGUUCGUACAUCACAAAAUGCUGGGGGCAGUGCAGAUCCACUGCAACAAAACCAGAUUGAACAGGUAAUACUUGCAAGAACCACGCGAGACUUCUUUCAACACGUGUGCUGUCAUGAUAUGAGAAAACGAAAAUCAGAUGAAACCAGUAUUUUAAAGAAAAAUACUGGUUUUGCUGCAGAAAAUAUCAAUAAUGUGACCUGGUCUUAUGCAAUUUUUGUAUUGUUGAACACACUAUGAUAUAUACCAAUGUUGUGCAGUAUAAGAAAAAAUACUGCUAUUCUACUAGUUUAAGAGCUGGAACAAUUCUGCAUACAUGUAUCUGGUAAAAAAAAAAAAAAAAUGCAUGCUUCAACACUGGAGAUCUUUUUCCCCCCCCCCCCGUAAAAUUUGAGAAUGGUCAUUUUUAUUUUUUCUUCUCCACAAAAGACGCUCCACUGCUGACAUGAUAGGAAGAAAUGUAACUCAUAAUUUGCACUAAAUGUAUAUUAUUUUUCUUGAAGUUUUACCAUUCUUUAUUUAUAUUUGUAUGGAUUAAAAAAAUCUAUUAACUAUGAAUCAGUUAAUAUCUCACAUAACUAAUUACCUUUUUAAUGUGAUUUUAUAGAAUAAUUCAUAAUCCUCUGCAAGUAAUGGAGGAUUAGCAAAUGUUUACAACUAGAUGAAGGGUUUCAAGAAAAUGGCUUCUUUAUCAUCCAACAUACAUACAAGAUCAUUUUCAAAUGUAACUUUCACUGCCGUUACCUUGGAUUUCCUUUUUUCUUUACUAGCAGAUAACUGGAACAGUAAUAGUAGGGUUUCAUUAAAAAAACAACAACAACAAAAAACCAAACCUGCAUGGUUUUAAAAGUAAUAGGAGAAAGCAACUAUUAGAUUGUUUUUGACUCUUCUCCUAACUGUAUAAAGGUGUAAGUUAUAUGUAGUCACACCUGAGCAGCAGGGCAGAAUUGAAUCCAGUACUUGAAACUUUGGCAGGACUUUAAAAUUCAGCAGCAACACACACACACUUGGAGGUGAACUGACAGACCCCUAACUUCAUUAUAUUCCUAUUCAUUUUAUCAGACCACCACCAGAACUGCAUGCAGAGGAAAAAAUGAGAAUAUGCUAUAAGCCUAAAUUAGGGAGGGAAAAAAAUUAGGAAAUCUGGCUGACAAAAAUCAUGUUUUGUAGUAUGAGGUUGGGUGAAGUUCCUGUCUUUUAACCAUAAUGCUCACAAGACUGCAAAAAUGGCAAGAAUAUAAACACUAAAAGUCUAACAUAAUAAUUUCAAUAUCUCUAAGGCAUUCAUCACAAUUACCUCAAACAUCUUUAUUCAGAGAGUACUCAGUAUGAUUUUACCAUAAGUAAACAGUGAACCAAAAUUCUGGCACUUUUGGUGAGUUGCACAAAAAUGGUUGUGCUUAAGUGCACUGUUGAAUUUUAACUGAUUUUUCUUAGUAAAAAAAUGCCAUCUCCAUUUUAUCAUCUCAGCUCUAGCAGCAACUGGAACUGGUAGAAAGUGAAAUGUGCCAGGGGGGUCACAGGCCCUGUAUUAGAAACAGGUUUGGAAAUGAAACAGGGACUUGGGCUAUGUAAAAAUGGGAGCAUGGCAACAACCAGCUGCACUCUUCCAUGUGAAGUCAGUGCUAGUUGUUAAAAAUUUGCUCUGUUACAUUACAUUAGCCUGAAGAAGAGGAAACUUCACAAAGAGCAGAAUUUGACCCAUUUAGAGAAGGCAGGAAGUUGUCUGUGACACUGAUUUCUGUUGUCUGAUUAUUUUUUUUUCUACAGUGGAAGAAUACAAACUCACUGCACAUACAAAAAUCACUUUAAAAUCUCGGCCAUGUCUGAUGUUAUUGUAAAACACUGCUGUGUGUACUGUAUUAACUUGCACCUAAUUCUAGAGACUGCUGUCUGAAUUAAAAUACAGUUCACACUCCUGCUGUGUUUCAUUUCUGUGUGGAUCCUGAGUGCUGCACAUAAAUUGUGCAUCUCUGUUUACUCUUCUAAACCUGCAAAGCUUUUCCCUGUUGACAUUUAAAAUGUCUUCUGGUAAACAUACAAUAGAGUUCUGUUAAUGAAGUAUGUGUGCCUGUGCUGUGCAACAAAAAAUUUCUAACGUGAAACUUGCAGCACCUUACUCAAGUUACUAAUUUAAAAAGAAAAAAAAAAAAAGGUGGUGGAUGGGAGGGGGAAAGCGUCAGCAUUUUCUUAUUUUUUAAAUCAUUCAGAUACUGGUUCAUGAACAAUGCAUUCUUUGUUAAUCUGUGAUGUUGCCUAGAGCUGUAUUUAAUAUUGAUCUUAAUGUUUUUAUUUAUAAUAGUGUGGUAGAACUGCAUAUCAUCACAGUAAAAAUUCUCAUUACUGUGAUGAUUUAAUCAAGCAUUAAAAACUUCUGUAUGACCA